AGCCUCUCCCAACCAGGCUGAUGGCAGGAGGGAAUCUACUGCACAUGUGAGUCUGAUAAUUCAACCAACAAAAGGGCCCCUUUCCUGGGCGGCUUCCAGCAACAGAGGCAGAAGUUCCUAAAAGCAGCCGGAGGCUUUUUAUGGCGCCCACACACUGCCUUUUUCCUCUGACCCAGCCGAGACUGCUGCUCUAAGAGGAGACCCCGACCCAGAGGGAAUCCCCGCCUGCCGUCAGAGGCUGAAAGGGCCCUGGAAGCUUUGCUCGGUUCCUGUCUAUUCCAGCAGCCCCAGAGAUCAAUCCCCCACCACAGGUCACAUGGAGAUAGUAACUUACCUAUAUCCUCAGACCUACAUAGUGCGUGGCUCUGAAGCCCCUCCAUGAAUCCUCAGAAGAAGGUGGACCUCAAGCUCAUCAUCAUCGGAGCCCUGGGUGUUGGAAAGACUUCCCUCCUCCACCGAUUCGUGCACAAGACAUUUUACGAGGACUAUCAGACCACACUGGGAGCUAGCAUCCUCUCCAAGAUUAUCAUACUGGAUGACACAACUUUGAAGCUACAGAUCUGGGACACAGGAGGACAGGAGCGAUUCCGCUCCAUGGUGUCUACCUUCUACAAAGGCUCUGAUGGCUGCAUCCUGGCUUUUGAUGUCACUGACCUGGAGACCUUUGAAGCCCUGGAAACCUGGAGGGAUGAUGUUCUGGCCAAAACCAUUCCAAUGGAGCAGUCCUACCCCAUGGUGGUGCUGGGGAACAAGAUCGAUCUGGCAGACCGGCAGGUGCCACAGGAGGUAGCCCAAGACUGGUGUAAAGAGAAGGAUAUUCCCUAUUUUGAAGUCAGUGCCAAGAAUGACAUCAAUGUGGUACAAGCCUUCGAGAUGCUGGCCAGUCGGGCUCUGUCAAGGUAUCGAAGCGUCUUGGAGAAUUACCUCACAGACUCCAUCAAGCUCUCACCAGAAGACCAGUCCAAGAGCAGUUGCUGCUGACCUUCCAGACUCCCGCUCUGCACACCCAGGGACAGAGCACACACAGGGCCUGGUCAUCCUGGGCCCCCACCAGCCCCACUGCCCGCCCAAGCUCAGAUGGCAGUCCAGGCUCUGCGGCCAGAGCCCUGAAUCCCUCACAUCUGCACUGGACCCAGAACCAGAGGGCGGCCCUGCCUCAGGCUGAGUGUAGAGAGGCCGGGGCUGGGCCCUUGAGCCUGGAUGAAACUCCGGAUGUCACAGCCAAACCCCAGAAGAGUCACGAUUCCCUCGCGGACUCCAGCUUUCUUGCCACACUCCCUUCCCAGCCACACCCCUGCUCUAGAACGCACAUCUCUGCAGACAGGCCGCUCUCUCUGGAGUCCUGUUAUAUUCUCCUAUGGACUGGCCUUCCUCAGCCCAUCCACCACCACCCCCAAGAGCCACAGCACAGCUUUGGACAAGGGUGCAGCUCAGGGUCCCUCGUAACCGGGGCCAGGGAGUGAGGGUCUACCUCAACCCCUGGCAGCAGCUGUUCAGGCCUGGGACACCCCCUGUUUGUCCCCUCCAGAAUGCAGGACUGAGGGAGCGCAGGAAAAACCCACCGGGGACUGGUGCAUUUCUCCCUGCUGGUGCUCAGGCAACUCCCAUAACUCUCUUUGAGCUUCAACUUAUUCAUCUGUCAAAUGGGAGUUGCAUGUGCCCUGCCCACGUCAGUGUGGUUUUGAAGACCAGAACCUCUGCUUGAAUCUCAGUUGCUCUUGUUGCGAUACAUUUACUAUUCUUUCAACAAGUAUUUUUGAGUAUCUACUAUGUACGAUGCAUUGAGGUCCAGUGACAAAUGUAACCAACCUUGCUCUCCUGGAUCCGACAUUCUGGCGAGGGAGAGAGGCAGUAAACACAGAAUUUAAACAGGUAUUUUCAAACAGCAGGUAAGUGCUUGAACAAAGUGAAACACGGUAAUGGGAUAGAGAGGGACAGGGGGUGGGGUUGGGUGCUGUUUCAGACAAAGUAGUCCAUGAAGGCUUCCCUGGGGAGGUGACAUUGACUCAAAGGCUAGAGAAUGAGAAAGGGGCUGCCACCUGAACUCGACAAAGAACAUUCUGAGGAGAGGUUGCAGCAAGGGCCAAGGCCCCAGGUCGAGGACAAACUUGCGUUCCAGGAACAGUGAAAAGAUGAAUUUACCUGAGGACUCAAAGCUGCUGUCCCAGAGAAAAGCAAAGGGGGCCCCGCCCUCUGGAUGACUCCUUGAGUCUCUGUCAACUGACCAACAGAGGGCAGCAGUGAUCCUUUCCUUCCAGCAGAGCAGAAAGCGGAAGCUCCACAGGCCCAUGAAGAGCUGCAGUUUUCCUGUGUAGAUGCUCACAGCUUCUUCUCGGGCUCUGGGCAUUUUCAACCCUUCGAGAUUUGUGGGGCAGGAAAAUCCCAGUUUCUUAAGCCUACAGAGAGACGAGCAAAAACUGCAGCAUCAGUGAUUCAGGCAAGAAAUCUGCAUCAGUGACAAAUACUAGAAGAGGGGCCUGGAAAGCCCAUGGAGCCUCUGUCCCUGCAAUCUCUACAGCCAUAAUCUUCUUUUUCUUCUGGCGAUAAACAACACAGAUAGAGCCCAAGCUGAAGGGAAUAGGCAAGAUGACCCCGCAGGGUCUCCCAUGACCACGUCCAUGCCCACCACAGAAGUCUCCUGUCUACACAGAAGUAUUCUUCCCUGAGCUCCCAGCAGAGCUGGGGAUGUUAGCCUAUGACUUCCAAGUGUCAUCUGACACUGAAGAUAUGAGGUGGGAGUCAGUAAGAAAGUCUGGGGAACCCCUUCUCCCCACCCAGCUGUGAAGUAAGAAUUGCUUGUCCUGGGCAGCGGCAUGGACCUGACAUAGGAGCAGGUGGCCUGGAGCACACUUUUGUCUCUGUGUCCUUCAUGCGGGUGGCACCCUGCACAUCACACAGGCUCUCCUAGGAGUCUGUCGGACUGUGGAUUGGACGUGUGGUGCGUGGGCGUGUAUGCAGCAGCCCGUGCGCUGCAAUGGACGUAGGAACGUGCACAACAAAUAACAAGUGUGUCUUUCUUCGUUUUAAUCUUUUGUGGUAUUUAGUUUUUAAAGUUUUUUUUUUCAAUAUCCCCAUAGUUCAAAAUUCAAAAGAUAAUAAAAGGGAAGACAGAGACAACAAAGAGUAUAAUAGGAACAGUGAUGUAACUGGCAGGGCCCAAAAUGAAAAUGCCCCACCCCUUGGCCAAAAGUCACGAGGAGUUCGGAGACGGUGACACUGGAUCAUUAAACCAAGCGUGGGGUCCUUCUGAGCGCAGGGGGCACACACCCAGGAAACUGCGCCUGAGUAAGCACUAUGUUUUCAGUGCCCUCCGGAAUGACAGAGCCCUGGCCAGGCCCACCUGGGCCGCUUGGAGAUAAAAGGUUCUGUCUUUGCAAAAGUCACGUGGAGAUUCAACACCAGCCCCAAACCACGCAUUUUGAAUCUUCCCCAGAGUCAGGAGCCAGGACUGAAUGUUCACAUGCGGGGUGGAGAGUGGGGACCUGAGGCCCACGGCAUCCCUCCUAUCAAGACUAGGGGACAUGCUGGUGACCAAUCUCCAGGGCAAAUGGAACUGAGCCAAAACACUGUGGGCCGCUCCACACCCCUCCCCCACUCCUGAGUCUGAGACUGACCCUCGGUUCCCAGCCAGUAGGGGCAGGUAUUCGCAGAAAGAGGCAGGAUGUGGGGCUGCAACUCCCGGCCAAAGGGAGCCCACUAGAG